UCUUCAAAAGUUCUCCCAAGAGUGGGAGGGAGAUAGCGUAGAGGCAAAGCAAUCUGAGUGAUUGCAUCUCCCACCCAAACUUUCAUAUCUCAAUCAAUCCAAUCGAUAGCCAGGGUGAAGGAAGAAGGAGAAGAAGCAGAGGAAGAAGCAGAGGAAGAGGAAGAAGAAGUGGAAGAGGCAGAUAUGGGAGUGCUGUCCAACAAUAUCAAAAGGGACCAACUCAAGCCUGGGGAUCACAUCUACUCUUGGCGUCACUUUUACCUCUACUCCCACCACGGAAUAUACGAUACUGAAGGGAAGGUUAUUCACUUCACUCGAGGGGCAGGACACGAAAUCGGCAGGGGUACUGUGUUAGACCGCAUCAUUUCGAGCUCAUGUCCCACUCCUCCCAUCAGCACAGAAUGUGAGAUAUGCGGAGAUCAGUCGAGGCUUGAUGGUGUCAUCUCUUCGUGCAUCGACUGCUUCCUUUCAGGUGGAAACCUCUACCUCUUUGAGUACGGCGUGUCCCCUGUUUUCCAUCUUGCUAGCGCUCGAGGAGGGACUUGCACCCUUGCGAAAUCUGACCCCCCUGAAGAUGUGCUUCACCGUGCCUCUUACCUCCUCCAGAAUGGCUUCGGAGGCUACAAUCUUUUCAAGAACAACUGUGAGGACUUUGCUGUCUACUGUAAAACGGGUCUGCUUGUGGAGACAGCAAUUAGCGAAGGCCGAAGUGGGCAAGCAGCAGCUUUUCAGGCUGCUACAAGUGCUGUCGGGUCCUUUCCACUUGGAUACUUGACGACCCGUGUUACUGGUCUGGCAGUUAGUGGUCUGGCAGUUGAAGGUCUGGUGAGUUAUGGCAGCUAUUGCGUCAGUCGUUUGGUCUCUGACAUUGGGUUUCGCCAUGAUGCGGUUAAAGUACCGGUCGAAAGACUUGUGGAUCAAUCUCAUUUAUGUGAUCCCCAAGCUGCUAUGAAUAGUCCGUUGUAUUGGGGUUCGCCAUGACGUGGUUAAAGUACCGGCCGAAAGACUUAUGGAUCAAUCUCAUUUGUGUGAUCCCCAAGCUGCUGUGGAUAUUCCCACCCCCAGUCGUAUUGUCAUAGCCGAGAUUGACUAAAGAUUGCACGCUGCAAUUUGCCGGCAGUCUCCACCAGAACUUUGCCGGCAGUGGAGAUGAAAACACUCUGCAAAAUAUACGCUUUAACUCUUUGUGGGAUGUUACUUCUGCAAACUAUACCCAGUAGAAAUUUUAAGUACUCUUCAAACUGCAGCUUUGUCGGAUUUGCCAUCAGAGGUCCUUGAGAUGUUUGGGUGUGUGUAGUCUUGUUUCUUGUUGUGUAAACGAACUGAUCGGAUUUGCUUUCAACAGGAUAUGACCUGAUGAUCGUCAUCAUCUCUGUAUAGAAGUAAAGUCGCAAGAGAAAGUGGUUCUACCGUUCUCUGCAAUUCUGAUAUUUCUGCUUCUGGAUUGUUUUUAAGACGCUUUUUGAGCAAAUCUUGUUUGACCAUCAGAAUUAAUUCUUUAAGCUA